AUGUCAAAUUUGUUCAACCAACCAUGGACACUUUCGGAGCAAAUCGUCUUGUUGACCAACAUUAUUCAGGGUGCUGGGCAGGAUGUGCCAGCAUUUCUGGUGCGCGCCAUGGAGCAGUCCAAUAUACAACCCAGAUGGGACGACGUGGCACUGCCAGCAGGCCGCACUCCUCCCGCCUGCCGACAAAUGUACAACUACUUGCGUAGUCAAUACCGCACCUUCCCAGGGACGGGGGUCCAAGGCUUCCCUCAGCAACCGCUUGCACCAUAUCCGGAAGUGAGGGCAGUGUCGGUGCCGGAGUCGGAUGCGCCCCAGCCAACACGACGUGCGAUUCAGCCUCGUCCUCCUCGGUCGACCGACUCGCCCAUCCCUCCGACUACGAAUGGAGAGGCGUUCCGGAUCUUUCGCCCUUUCACUCAACCCGAACCGCUGGGCGAAAAGCGCAGGAAGCGCGGUCGUCCAACAAAAGAAGAAGUAGAAGAGCGCGAUCGCAAGCUGGCAGAGGUUGGGCAAACUUACGAGCCGAAGAGGAGGCCAACGAAGAAGUCGAGACCGUCCGAAACGCCUGGUUCGCUUUCUGAAGCCCUUGCCACAACGUCCCCCGUGAUGCAAACUCCGCGCUUGCAGCAGGUGACACCGAAGGAGGAGACGUCUAGCGGGAAAAGACGGUCAAGGCGCCAGCGCGAUGAGGGGGAAUCGUCUCGCCAGGCUCUGUCUGGGUCUCCUGGGGAUGAAUCGGGUGACGGACGGAGCACAGACGCCGCCCAGAGUCCUUCCGACCGACUUCUCGCCAGACCCGAACGGGCUCAGCCAGCUCCCUCUCUUGCUAGAGACGUACAGCAGAUAUCGAGCGCACCUCUUGGGUCUCAAUCAGGGGGAAAGCAGACCGAUCCACCACCAGGCCCUCCGUCCAUUUAA